AGCUCCAUUUGGCUGAUGACCGAAAUUAGUACUACUGUUCCUUUAAAUUUGCAGGGUUGCGUAUUUGCGACAGUAGUGAAUCGCUUUACGGCAGCCUGUAAUCACACGUGUUGUCAUCGCGUGGUGGUACCUCGGGAGAACUUUGAAGAGGACAUGUCUUACAGAGGAGGUGGAGGACGAGGUGGCGGCGGCGGCAGAGGUGGAGGUUUUAACCGAGGCGGCGGAGGAGGCUUUAACCGAGGCGGUGGAGGAUUUGGACGUGGUGGUGGAAGAGGGGGCUUCAGACAGCAAGACUACGGUCCUCCAGAAUAUGUCGUCGCGGUGGGGGAGUUCAUGCAUCCAUGUGAAGAUGAAAUUGUGUGCAAGUGUACAACAGAAGAAAGCAAAGUUCCCUACUUCAAUGCCCCUGUGUACUUGGAAAACAAGGAGCAAAUUGGGAAGGUGGACGAGAUAUUUGGCCAGCUCCGGGACUUUUACUUUUCAGUCAAACUUUCUGACAAUAUGAAGGCGUCUUCAUUCAAGAAACUACAGAAGUUUUACAUAGAUCCAAUGAAGCUGCUCCCACUGCAGAGAUUCCUCCCUAGGCCUCCAGGAGAGAAGGGGCCACCGAGAGGUCGAGGUGGAGGAAGAGGUGGUGGUCGUGGAGGUGGAUUUCGAGGUGGCAGAGGUGGUGGCGGCCGUGGAGGAGGAUUUGGAGGUGGUGGCCGUGGUGGUGGAGGAUUUGGAGGCGGUGGCCGUGGUGGCGGAUUUCGAGGUGGCAGAGGUGGCGGCGGCCGUGGUGGUGGAGGAUUUGGAGGUGGUGGACGUGGAUUCAGAGGUGGGAGAUGAUCUGACAGUGAUGUACUGGUGGAUCUUCUCAUUUCUGUCCACACCUCAUGCAGCAGAAUCGCUGGGUUCCAUGCCAGUGGCUCGCCUGUCGGACUCAGAAUAUAGACUUUGCCUCUUCUUUGUAGAACUUGACUUCUCAUUUUAUUUUUGUACCAGUUUUGAAGGUGCAAUUUAUGAUUGUGCUUGUUAUUUAAAAGGUGUAACAUAACAGGGACCGUUUCUGCCUGUAAUGAAUGAUUCUAGGCUCUCUUCCCAAACAGGAAUGCCAUUAUCCUGUGCUCAUUGUGUUAAAUGUUUGGCCUUGACAGAUUUUUUGUUUUUAUUGGAAGAAAAAAAAUUCACGGGACACAUUCACACAUUUCUGUGCAUUACUCCUAUCAGAUGUGUAGGUAUGCAGACUUUAUUCAAUGUUAGUUUAAAACAUUUUUAAUGCUCAUAAUUUGUAAAAUCGCAUUCUUUUGUUAAAUGCCUUGAUUAAAAGGUGUUUUGUAA